AUGAGUGAUGACGAAUCCGCUGUGCCAGGCAAUAAGCCGAUCCGUCUACCUAAAAAGGCAGCCAAAGUGAAAAACAAGGCCCCAGCUCCACUCCAAAUCACCGCUGAACAAUUGCUUCGUGAAGCCAAAGAGCGAGAGCUUGAACUUAUUCCGCCAGCACCAAAAACAAAAAUCACAGACCCCGAUGAGUUGAAAGAGUAUCAGAGGAAGAAGAGAAAGGAGUUUGAGGAUGGAAUCCGAAAGAACCGUAUGCAAUUGGCCAAUUGGAUAAAAUAUGGAAAAUGGGAAGAGUCGAUUGGAGAAGUUCAAAGAGCCCGAUCUGUUUUUGAGAGAGCUUUGGAUGUUGAUCAUCGUUCGAUCAGUAUUUGGCUGCAGUAUGCUGAAAUGGAAAUGCGAUGCAAACAAAUCAACCAUGCCAGAAAUGUUUUCGACAGAGCAAUCACUAUCAUGCCAAGAGCUAUGCAAUUCUGGUUGAAAUACUCUUACAUGGAGGAAGUCAUUGAAAACAUUCCGGGAGCCAGACAAAUUUUUGAAAGGUGGAUUGAGUGGGAGCCACCAGAGCAAGCCUGGCAGACAUACAUCAACUUUGAACUUCGUUAUAAAGAAAUUGAUCGUGCUCGAUCUGUGUAUCAACGAUUCUUGCACGUCCAUGGAACGAAUGUUCAGAACUGGAUCAAGUAUGCCAAGUUUGAGGAGCGAAACGGAUAUAUCGGUAAUGCUAGAGCCGCUUAUGAACGUGCGAUGGAGUAUUUCGGUGAAGAAGACAUCAAUGAAACAGUGCUGGUCGCGUUCGCCCUUUUUGAAGAACGACAAAAGGAACAUGAAAGAGCACGGGCUAUUUUCAAGUAUGGUCUAGAUAAUCUUCCAUCUAGUCGGACCGAAGAAAUCUUCAAACAUUACACUCAACACGAAAAGAAGUUUGGAGAACGAGUGGGAAUUGAGGAUGUGAUUAUUAGUAAGAGAAAAACUCAAUACGAGAAAAUGGUAGAUGAGAAUGGAUAUAACUACGACGCUUGGUUCGAUUAUUUGAGGUUAUUAGAAAACGAGGAAACAGACCGAGAAGAAGUAGAAGAUGUCUACGAGAGAGCGAUUGCUAAUGUCCCCCCACACUCCGUAAGUACUGUGCUUUCGUUUAGAAAAUUCAAUAGUCAUAUAAAAUUUCUUCAACUCACUAACCAUCUUUGUCAGCAUUUUCAGGAAAAACGCUACUGGAGACGGUACAUCUACCUUUGGAUCAAUUAUGCACUCUACGAAGAGCUUGUUGCCAAGGACUAUGAACGAGCCCGUCAAGUUUACAAAGCUUGCCUCGAUAUCAUUCCUCAUAAGAUCUUCACAUUCGCCAAAGUCUGGAUUCUGUUCGCACAUUUUGAAAUCCGUCAGCUCGAUUUGAAUGCGGCUAGAAAAAUUUUGGGUGUUGCCAUUGGAAAGUGUCCAAAAGACAAACUUUUCCGGGCCUACAUUGAUCUCGAACUUCAAUUGCGUGAAUUCGAUCGGUGUAGAAAACUGUACGAGAAGUUUCUUGAGAGCUCACCGGAAAGUUCGCAGACGUGGAUCAAAUUCGCGGAACUCGAAAGUCUUCUGGGAGACACGGAUCGCGCUCGUGCGGUUUUUACGAUUGCAGUUCAACAACCAGCGCUGGAUAUGCCAGAAUUGUUGUGGAAAGCUUACAUCGAUUUCGAAAUCGCUUCAGAAGAGCAUGAGAAGGCGCGUGAUUUAUAUGAAACUCUUCUACAGAGAACGAAUCAUAUCAAAGUGUGGAUCUCGAUGGCCGAGUUUGAACAGACCAUAGGGAACUUCGAAGGAGCCAGAAAGGUUUACGAAAAAGCCAAUCAGUCUCUUGAGAAUGCUGAAAAAGAGGAGCGAUUGAUGUUGCUGGAAGCAUGGAAGGAGUGUGAAGUGAAGAGUGGAGAUGAAGAGGCACUGAAGAGGGUUGAAACAAUGAUGCCACGGAAAGUCAAAAAACGUCGUCAAAUUCAAACAGAAGACGGUGUCGACGCCGGCUGGGAAGAAUAUUUCGACUACAUUUUCCCACAGGAUCAAGCAGCUAAAGGAAGCUUCAAACUUCUCGAAGCAGCAGCUAGAUGGAAGAGACAGAAAGAAGAAGCUGCAAGAGCCGCACAGGAAGGCCUUGAUGCUCCAGUACAAGAGAGGGAAGAAGAGCAAGAAGAAGAAGAAAAAGUCAGAGAAGGUGAUAGUGACACCGAUAUGUCUUCUAGCAGCAGUAGCAGCAACAGUGAUAGCGAAUCGUCUUCUUCAGACUCUGAUUCUGAUGAUGAUAAUGAAUGA